AUGCCUAAAUCAAAGAGAAACGUAACUAUAUCUUUAACUAAAGUUAAAAAAAAGUUAAAUAAGAAAGAGAUUAAAGACCAGAAAUUUUCAGAACUUAAGAAACAUGCAAGCAUUCAAAAUAUUUACAUUUACGCCUUAGAUAUAAGAACCCAUUCAAAUAAUAAUCUCAAAAAGGUUAUUGAAUAUUUUAAGCCAUCGGGGGGAAAAUUUUUUAUUGGAAAAAAUAAAUUAAUGAAACUAGCUCUUGGAGAUGAUGAGAAACAUGAAAUCAAACCAAAUAUUUCCAAAAUAGCAGAGCUACUUGUAGGAAAUCGAAUUCUUUUAAUAACAAAGGAUGAACCAUUAAAAGUCAUCAAAUUUUUUAACGAGUUUCAACCAGAAGAAUAUAUUAUACAUGGAAAUAUAUCUAAAGAAAAUAUUGUCCUAAAAUGUGGAGAAGUUUUAAAUGCCCCUGUUUCGAUGCAAAAGGAUUUACAAAAAUUAAAGGUGAACUUUGAUAUUGUUGAUCAGAAAAUUAUAAUAAAAGAAGAUAAAGUAUUAGCAGAAAAAGAUAAACUUGUAAGCUUAGAAAAUGCCAAAUUAUUAAGAAUGCUAAAUAUGAAAAUCGGAAAAUUUGACAUUUCUGUUUUAGCUUAUUGGCACUCAAACAACUUUGUUUCAUUAAUGCACAAGUAG